AUGCCUCCAAAAGCAAAACGUUCAAGGAAUGAUGUUGCAUCAUCAAGUUCCAGCAUGCAUAUAGAGCCACCACAAACCUUUGUUUAUUCAUCAAUUCCUACUGAACUACCACAUCCCCCAGUUCGUCCAUCUCAUGUACGACGUGAGCCUAAGAAGAAAUGGACUGUACAAGCUAUAGAUGAAGAAGGAAAUGAAAAGAAAAUUCAAUUGACCACAUCGGGUGUGUUUGAGAUGAAUGGUCAACGCAUAAUAGUGCCAUUUGAUACACAAAUGCAACCAUAUGGGGAAGUUGCAACACUCUUGUCAAAAGUAUGUGGACGUAUUGCCACUGAUUGCAACAAUGUUCCCAUUAACUACGAAGGAUGGGAUAAAGUACUUGAUUCAUACAAGACAGAAUGCUUUAAAAGUUUGAAGGAGGAAGAGACCGGACACACUGUGAGUCGAGGCGAGCUAUAUAUUGCAACUCAUAAGAAAAAAGAUGGGUCGUAUGCGAAUGACGAGGCAAAAAAUUUAGUGGAUCAGAUAUAUGAAGAAUUAAACCAAAGCACUAGUUCUACUGAAAUUUCAACAAAUGAUGUUGUUGCAAAAGUUUUUGGGCCAGAGCACUCGGGUCGUGUACGUGGUUUAGGCCUAGGUGGUCUUCCUAGCAAUGCAUUUGGACCCACAAGUGGACGAUUCAAUCCUAUAGGCUCUACUUUCUCAAGUGCGAAUUCAACUGAAAGUUCUCAAUUAAAAGAAGAGGUUACUUCAUUGAAGACUAAGUUAGCAGCAUCUGAGGAGAGCCUUAAGACAUUACAGACUUUUACAACAUUGUUCACUGGAAAAUCCUCCAUAGCUGCAAUUUAUGGCUACCUCUUUUACAUUGAUUUCAUGAACUACUUGGGUCAUUGUAACUUUGAGUUCUUUCCCAAGAGACUCUUCUCCUUCUUUCCCCAAUUGAAGUAUCUCUCUUACACGCCAUCGUUUCACUCACUGCAUCACACCAAAUUCAGGACAAAUUACUCACUUUUCAUGCCUAUGUAUGACUACAUUUAUGGUACUGUGGAUACAUCCACAGAUGCUACGUAUGAAACCACUCUAAAGAGACCAGAAGAGUCAGCAGAUGUGGUGCACUUAACACACCUUACCACGUUAGAUUCCAUCUAUCAAUUGCGCAUUGGGUUUGCUUCCUUAGCCUCCAACCCUCAAACAUAUAAAUGUUACCUACGUUUAAUGUGGCCCUUUACAAUGUGUUAUAUGCUUAUGACUUGGAUCUGUGGACGCACCUUUGUUUUAGAAAGCAACACCUUCAACGAUCUCAAGUUGCAGUCCUGGGUUAUACCAAGAUUUAAAAUUCAGUAUUUCUUAAAAAGGAAGAGCAUCAGAUUGAACAACUUAAUUGAAGAGGCAAUAACGGAGGCCGAGUUAAGUGGUGCAAAGGUUCUAAGUCUUGGACUUCUAAAUCAGAGGCAAGUGCUUAAUGCAUAUGGUGAACUUUAUAUUCAAAGGUUCCCACAGCUGAAGAUAAAGAUCGUAGAUGGUAGUAGCUUAGCUGCUGCUACGGUGCUGAACAGCAUUCCCAAAAGGACAAAUCAAGUGCUUCUUCGUGGCAACUUUAACAAGGUUUCUUUUGCUGUAGCCGAUGCUUUAUGCAAUAGAAAUAUACAGGUAGCUGUUUUAUAUAAGGAUGAGCUGAAGAAGCUUAAACUAAAGCUCACACAGUCCGAGGGAAGCUUGACUCUUUCACCAAUCAAUAUUCCAAAGAUAUGGUUGGUUGGAGAUGGAUGGGAUGAAGAUGAACAAAUGAAAGCACCAAAAGGAUCAUUGUUCAUACCUUUUUCUCACUUCCCUCCAAAGAAAAUGCGUGAAGAUUGCUUCUACCACUACACACCAGCAAUGAUCACUCCUACUACAUUUAUGAAUUUGCACUCUUGCGAGAAUUGGCUUCCCAGAAGAGUAAUGAGUGCUUGUCGUAUUGCUGGAAUACUUCAUGCCUUAGAAAGAUGGAAUGUCCAUGAAUGUGGUGACACCAUACUUGGCAUUAAGCAAGUAUGGGAAGCAAGUAUUCGCCAUGGUUUCCAACCUCUAAAGAUUCCCAUUGAUUAAGCCUUUACAAUGAGUUCAAAUUACUAAUAUAUUGAUAAAGGUAUCCU